AUGAUCCUGUUCUCGGGGAGUAGUGUUGUACAAGGCGCUAGCUCUCCGGGGUGUGGGAAGGCACUGCCUAGAGUGCAGGAACCUGGUGGGAGUUUCUCGACGAAGAUCACCACGAAUGAUGGGCGAAAGCGCUCGUAUAUCAUUCACAUUCCCUCAAACUAUGACGAGAAUAAGCCGGUGCCGGUGAUAUUCUCGUUUCAUGGACGGACACGGACGGCGGAGUCGCAGGAGACACUGUCGCUGUUUAGCAAUGAGGAGUAUAAUCCGGAUGCGAUUGCAGUUUAUCCUCAGGGUAUCAAGAACCAAUGGCAAGGCGACCCCAACUCUCAAGGGAUCAACGACAUCAGCUUCACGCUGCAGAUGCUUGACCACUUCGAAGACCGCUACUGCAUCGACCGAACCCGUGUCUAUGCCGCGGGUAAAUCCAACGGCGGCGGCCUGACCAAUCUCCUCGCCUGCGACCCAACAGCCUCCAAGCGAUUUGCAGCCUUUGCCCCCGUCGCGGGCGCAUAUUACCAAAACGUCACCGAGGACAACUGCAGACCCAACACGGUGAAGAUCCAGUGUAAUCCCGGCCGCACACCGAUUCCCAUGCUCGCGUUCCACGGCACCGCGGACGAAACGAUCCAGUAUACAGGGGGCGGCAGACGCGGGAAGUGUUUGCCUUCAGUACCGCAUUUUGUGCGAGAAUGGGCUGGACGCGACGAUCUGGGGGGGAAGAACGAGACGACGACGACGGACGGCGGGAAGGUAGAGGUUUCGAGGUUCGGGGACCAUGGGGAGGUGGUGCAUUAUCGGAUUGAGGGGUUAGGACAUGCGUGGCCGAGCACGGAGCCAAACAGUGAUAAUCCGGAUGGGACGUAUAUGGACGCGACGCCGCUAAUCAUGGGGUUUUUUGAUCAGUGGACGUUAUGA